UCAGUUGGGUUCAGCACCAUUGAGCAGGGUUCACAUCCAGUCAUUUGUGGACCAACACUUUGACCCACCUGGGUCAGAGUUGGAAAUCUGGACCCCACCAGAUUGGAAACCCACGCCAAAGUUUUUGGACGACAUAAAAAACCAAGAAAUGAGAGAAUUUGCUGCAGAACUUCACAACCUGUGGAAGCAGUUGGGAAGGAAGGUGAAGGACACUGUCCGGGACAAUGCUGACCGCUAUUCCAUUCUUUAUGUACCACAUGGUACCAUGGUUCCUGGGGGCAGAUUCCGGGAAUUCUAUUACUGGGACACUUAUUGGGUGGUUAAGGCACUGCUCAUCAGUGGAAUGUCGGAAACUGUGAAAGGAAUGCUGAUCAAUUUCGUGGAAAUGCAGCGGAAAUUCGGCUACAUUCCAAACGGAGGCCGGAAGUAUUUCGCACGUCGAAGCCAACCUCCAUAUUUCAUCCCGAUGGUCAACGAAUAUGUGUCUGCCACUGGUGAUUUGGAAUUCCUCAGGGAGAAUAUGGACGCCAUGGAAGAGGAAUACGCCUUUUGGCACAAUCAGCGCUCAACAACAAUCGUGGUGAACGGCAAGGAGCACUUGGUAACACUGUACAACGUGUCUGUGGCUGGACCUCGUCCAGAGUCAUACACAGAAGACAAAGUAAUGGCCAACGUUUUCAAGUCAGAAGCCCAGAAACAGGAUUUUUACGCUGAAAUCAAGUCAGCUUGCGAAUCUGGAUGGGAUUUCAGCUCUCGUUGGUUUGACCAUUUUGGCCAAGAUGGAGGUUCGGACACUUAUUGGGUGGUUAAGGCACUGCUCAUCAGUGGAAUGUCGGAAACUGUGAAAGGAAUGCUGAUCAAUUUCGUGGAAAUGCAGCGGAAAUUCGGCUACAUUCCAAACGGAGGCCGGAAGUAUUUCGCACGUCGAAGCCAACCUCCAUAUUUCAUCCCGAUGGUCAACGAAUAUGUUUCUGCCACUGGUGAUCUGGAAUUCCUCAGAGACAAGGCGGAGACGUACUCGAAAAUUGCCAGGACAAGAAAUGACACGAUGCAAGAGGUUUUCUGGGACGACGCUGAUGGGAUUUGGUACGACUUUGAUGUCCAAAAAAUGUGGGACUUCUCCAAUGCCUGGUCCCCUGUUCAGCACACUUUGGUGGAGGGGCUCAGGUUAGCCCCCAACCAGGAAGCAAAUAACUUGGCCCACAAGCUGGCCCAGAAGUGGGUGUACAGCAACUGGAAAAGCUACAAGGCUUCAAACCACUCCAUGUUUGAAAAGUAUGACACUAUGUCUCCUGGACAUGCUGGACAUGGUGGAGAAUAUGAAGUGCAGAUUGGAUUUGGCUGGUCAAAUGGUGUAGUGUUGGACUUCAUCCACCAGUUUGGUGACAGUCUGAUUAUAGGCAAACCUGAGGAGGAAGUGCCAAGUUUAAGCUCUAUG